AUGGGUAGGAGGGCUGAGGGCUAUGACUUCAGCUCAGAGCACCUGGGUCUUGAUUCUUCCCCUGUGAUUUUGGGCAAUGCACUUAGCUCCUCUGAGCCUUGGUUUCCUCAUCUGAAAAGGCCAUGGAUCCAAUUCUGCCAAUCAGACCCACGCAUGGCCCUCGGGAAAUACUCCCCUUUGGAGAAAGAGAUCCUACGUCUAGGUGGGGUUCACACCAUAGCAUCAAGAAAGUUUCUGACUUAUAAGCAAGAGGAGGAACGGAAGAUGCUCAAGAAACUCCAGUUGCUGUCUUCAGACUACAAACAGGUGGUGGAAUAUAAAAAACGACAAUCCUCAGCCUGUUCCACCUGCUGGCCUGCAGAAGCAGUAUGGAAGGCCAGGGUGGUCGUGCCCCCAGAAGAGCUGAAAGUGCCACGACGAGAGCGGCAUGACAUCAGCAAGCACAAGGAGCGCAUGCAGUUCGCUCGAGCCCUGAGAAGUAACCCGCAGCUACCCUCCAUUCUAAGGGCGAGGAACUCCUCAGUUCUGUCCUCAGGGGCCCUGGGCCCAAUGACCAGAGACAACGUCUGGGAAGAUGAGGGUGAGGAUGAUGACGACAAUGACUACGAUGACGACAUGCAAGAGGAGAGAGAGAGAAAAACCUCAAAGAGACAAGAAAUAAAAAUGAAUGUAAUUUUCAAGGCAGAAAAAAACAAAAAAUGUUUAACAUACCAGCCCUCAGACCUGAAACCAUUCUUUCCCACAAAGAAAGUGGAACGGUCCAUCACCGGCUUAACGAACCGCAAUCUUUUUCCCGUGGCUGAAUUCCCGGGAGACCUACUGCUGAUGAACCAGGCCUGCCUGUCACGAGGCAUCCACCCCAGUGAGGCGACAAAGGCCAACUGCCUGGAAGGAGAGAGUGUCUGGAGAGAGUACACGGGAAAACCAGCAUCUCACCAUUAUUGA